AUGCACAAUCUGUAUAAAGCAGAAUUAAAAAGUGAAGUUGAAGUAACAACACCAACAGCAACUGAAGAAAAAGGAAUUGAAACAAUUGUUGAUAAAAAAGUUACAACAGAACCAAUAAAACAAGAAGAGACAGUUAGUGGACAGACUGUUCCUAAAGAAAAACCAACUAUUCAAGAAACUGAAAAAGUCAAAGAAUCAAAAGAAACAUCAACAGUAAAUGGAGCAAGUGAAACAGCUGGAGAUAAUCAGAAAAAAGAAGAUGUGAAAGAAUCAGAAAAACAAUCAACAGGAGAAAAUGGCAAAGGAAGUAAGGAGGAACACCAAGACACUGAACGUCCAAGUGGACAAGAGGCUGACACAACACACAAUGAACAAAACAAACAGAAAGUUGAUGAAAACCAUGAAAAUCAGAAUGGAAAUGAGAAGAACCAAGAAAAGAAUCAAGAAAAUCCGAGUGAGAAAGAAGGAAAAGCAGAACACAUUAAAGAUGAAAAGAACGACAACCCACAAGAUGAUAAAGGAAAAGAACAAAGUCAAGAAAGUGAUGCAAGUGAAAAGAAAAAAGGAGGUGAGACUAAAGACAAUGAAAGUGAUAAUGAAGAUAGUCAGAAAAACAAAGAUAAAAAUGAAGAAAAGAAAAAUGAAGAAGAAACAAGUAACCAAGGACAAGAAAAGAAGAAUAAUGAACAAGAAAAAGAAAACAAAGAUAGUAAUAAUCAACAAAAAUCUAAACAACAAGACAAAAACGCUGAAGAAAAGCAUGAUGAACAAAAAGAUGAAAGUAAAGAUAAUAACAAACAAAACAAACCAGAAGACGGAAAGAAUAAUGAACAAAAAGAUGAAAGUAAAGAAUCAGAAGAUAAAGCAACAGAUAGCUCAGAAAGUGAAUCAGAUGAUGAUAUUAAUAAUCACAAAAAUAUUGAUGGUACAUCAUGUAUAUUUGUCAUUAUUUCGAUCAUUAUCACGUUCUCAUUCUUUUAA